AGUGGGCUUGAAAAUGUCUGAGUCGAUCCUUGGUGCUGCAGCAUUCUUGGUCAACGGAAGAUCUGAGUCAACGGGAAGCCGACCCUGCUUCUGUUGUAUGUUAUUGAUGUCCUCGCCUUUCCUAGGACAAGGAGCUUGCCAGAGUUCCCAAUCGCUCACCCUGCCGCCAAAGAAGAUGGUGAACCAAUUACCAGCUCUCUUGAAGGUUACACACCGCAUCGCUCUCAAGCCGCAGAUGAUGAAGUCAACUCUGUCAGAUUCUCCUCACAAGAACCUCAAGGCAGAUGAUGAUUAUGCCCAGUCAUGUUCCAACCCUACUGAAUGGCUCCUAAGGCAGUUCCAUCCCUCCUAUAUGUUACAUAUAGAUAGACAAGUCUGCUCGAUGGAGGUCUGGUUGCUUUCGCCGUUGCGAUACUUUACCAGGAGUUUCACGUGUGAACCGCUUCAAAGACGGGUACACUGUAUUCAUUGUCAAUAUGGUUCUCAAGCCUUGUGGAGACGAGACUGGUGAAUACUAUCUUAUCGUUUCAAGUUUACCAUGGUCCGCCACUUGGCAGAAACUAAAAGACUUUGUCCGAUAUCCUGAGACUGGCGGCUGUAUAAAUGUAGAACACGUCUUUAUAUACCCUUCGGCAACCGAUGGCUGGGUCAAAAUCCGGGGCAGAGAGGACUUCGAGCGAGCAUAUGACAGAAGUGUUAAUGUCUUUACGGAAUUCCUCAACGGCCGAGUCUUCGAGGGGAAAGCAAUUGUCGCAGAUGGCCGUAACGGACAUAGCCUUGUGAAUCUUCGAGAUCUCGAACCCAUUCAAACCUCAAGCAAGCAACCCGCAUACAUCAAGACAUCUCCCCCUGAUACGCAUGCAUAUACUUCAUCUUCAACAAAGUACAAUCAGCAAACAGCGGGCGCAGAAUCCCUCUCGCACUACCAACCUUCUCUGAAUUCUAUCCAAGAUUUCAGUAGCCAAUCGCAGUCUCCAAUUGUCAGCUAUUCUUCCGGCUCCACAACAUAUUCCAACGAAAUGAGCCACUCACUGCAAUCUGCCAAUUAUGCAUCUUCGUCUCCAUGUACGUCCUUUAGCACUCAGUCGUUCAACUACGCUGCAGCUCCUACCUCCCAAAAUCUUUACAUGGCGAAUCCUCCACCGACUCCUAUCUAUGCUCGCCCGGUCCACAUGGGUUUCGCCUUGGUUCCGAUGGCUCAAAUCGUUCCUGCCCCUCCAGCUAUGAAGCCGCAGUACCAGUAUCCGCCAGCAGAGGAAGCUCAUCAUGUCGUUGUCCACACCGAAGCUCGAAAGGUCAUCAUCACAGACCUGUCCCACUCGAUCACCGAGAAAGAACUACGAAAUCUGCUCGAACGCGCAGCACAGAAAUCACGAUCUCGCUCUGCUACCCCAGCCGAAGAGUACCCAAUUGCAUCUUUUGACAUCCCCAGGCACUCAGACGGCAAAGCCAAAGGUCACGCCUUUGUUGUCUUCUCCUCCCCUCAUAUUGCCCAGCGCGUUAUGGAUGCAUUACAUGGAAAGAGGUUUCAACGCAGGGAACUUAAAGUCAGAUGGACUAAAGAAGGGGCAGAUUCAAAAGUACAACAGACUUACUCAACACAGCCUCCUAUCCCACCACGUUCUCAAGUAGCUCUAGCAACCUUUGCUCCACAGAUGGAUCAGACGUACUCCGCACAGCCACUCAUCCCACCACGUUCUCGAGCACCUCCAGCAGCUCCCACUUUACAGACGGGCCAGAUGUGGAUAGCAGGUGAUAGCAAUACCACUAGCACUAGCACAGAGCCCAAGAAAGAGAAGCGAGACAAGACAAGGACCAGAACUCAGGACAGGAACUGUGACGCAGACAGUGAACGUGAAAUAAUCUCCAGGACCAAAUCUAGGAACUCUGAGCGUGCUCCAAUGGUGGUAGAUGGUACUGGUGGGAAACGACGACAUCGCUGAGUCUUCGACCUUGGCACUGCCUGCAGAAACGCAUAUCGCUGGGCAGAGGAUGGGUGCGAAUUUCCCAAAUAUGCGAAUGCGAGGAUGCGUGUACGCUUGGUUGUUUGGAGUUGAGCGUCGGUUUCUGUCGAAUAAAAUGUUCCCAUGUUGAGAUGUUGAUGAAGUCUUCACUCUGGAGUUUAUGGUUUGUGCAAUCGCAGUGAAGAUAAUUAUACUUUAUUUGACAUGUAAACUUCACAUGCGUUUGUUCUUUUGUUUCGAUUCUUCGAUUGACAGCAUUACUUCCACCGGUAUCGUGGAGUUGU